CCUCACACUUUGCCAGUCCUCACCUCCUCUCUUCCUUUCUCCUCUCGCGGACGGUUAAUCCAAAGGCGGCGGCGGCGGCGCUACGCUGCGGUAGGCAUCGAGAUCGGCGGCGGAAUCAUGGCGCUGCGGAUGGCGGCGGCGGCGUUCGUGCGGCGCCUGGCGCCGGCGCGCCCCCCGGCGCUCCUGGCGGAGGGGGAGGCCGUGACGUGCGGGCGCGGGGACAAGAAGACCAAGCGCGGGAAGCGGUUCAAGGGCUCCUACGGCAACUCGCGGCCGAAGCGGGAGAAGAAGAUCGAGCGCAUCAAGGACCGCGUCGAGGUGCCCCGCUCCACCCCGUGGCCCCUCCCCUUCAAGCUCAUCUGAGCUCAGCGAGCACCCCCCUCGGUUCGUCAGGCCACCUAGGGUUUUACUUUACCCCCUAUCAAUUACUGCUGCUCUCAGCUGGUUUCCUUUAGCUCCACUUCCAUGGCUGCGCCUGGGCAGGCAUGCGUUUUACUUAGUUGUUUCCCAAAUUAGGCUGUGUUGGAUAUGUACUAUGGGAUCGAAUUGCCAUGUUGCAACCAUUUUGGACAGCGCAGUCGCUCUGGAUGAAAUGGAUCAUGUUUCUGUGUCA